AUGGCUGCUCGAGUAGCACGAAGGGGCCUUCUGAGCUUCUCCUUAGAAGAAGAAGAGCAAGACAGCUCCCCCUCACAGCAGCAGAAGCAGCAGCAGCAGCAGCAGCAGCAGGAGGAGGAACAGGAACAGCAUCAUCGACGCCGGCGCCAUAGAGAAGAAGGUAGCCAAAACAGCGGCAGCAGCAACAGCAGGCAUAAAUCCCGCGCCUUGGAUCCUAGCAGCAGCAGCAGCAGCGGCAGCAGCAACUAUGUAGGCAGCGCUUCUCCCGUCCCCUCGAGCAAGAGCAACGGCACCAGCAGCAGCAGCAGCAGCAAUAGCAGCAGCAGCAACAGCAGCAGCAGCAGCAACAGCAGCAGCAGCAGCAGCAAGGUGGGGUUGCUGAAGAUGGCGGACAUGACAGCAGCAAGAUUUAAACAGGAGGAAACAGCAGCAGCAGCAAGGAAGCAAGAGGAAGCAAUUCAGGCAGCACUUCUCUCUCUUAGUAGCGCCUCUCCCUCCAAAGCUUUUAUGGGUUUUACGGAUCCAUCUAUAUCAUCUGUUUCCUCGCCUUCUUCCUCAUCCUCUUCCUCCUCUUCCUCUUCCUCUUCCUCUUCUUCCUCCUCAUCAGCAUCAUCAACAGCAGCAGCAGCAGCAGCAGCAACAGCAGCAGCAGCAGCAGCAGCAGCAGCAGCAGCACCAAUUCCUGCCCCAUUUAUAUUGACCUGCGGCAGCUUCAGUAGCAUCGGGAAGAGGCAACAAAUGGAAGACACGAAUUUCCGUCUUCUCCAUUUCACGCAUAAUUCGGCACUUUUUGGAGUGUUUGAUGGGCACAACGGCAGCAAUCUGUCGGAGUUCUGUAGGGCGAAUUUCCCUCGCGUAUUAGCACAGCAGAUGGCUGUACACUGCAGCAGCAGCAGCAACAACAGCAGCAGCGGCAGCAGUAAGCGUUCCCGUCGUAGACACAGGGAUCGUCACCGUCGAGGCCGCAGCAGCAGCAGCAGCAGCAGCAGCAGUAGUGACUCGGAGAGUUCUCCUGGAUGUUCUAUACGAGAUGCAGAAGUAGCAACAACCCCAUCAGCAGCAGCAGCAGCAGCAACAGCAACAAAACAGGUAGAGAGGGCAUUAACAGAUACAUUCCUGCAGAUAGAUGAUGAUUAUCAUCAUAAACAUCCGCAUGCACCAGAUGGCAGCACGGCGCUGCUGCUGCUGCUGCGGUGGUCACCCCCUAAGAAGAAAAAGAAGCAUAAGGAGCAGCAGCAGCAGAACUCGAACAGCAGCAGCAGCAGCAGCAGCAAUAGUGCGAGCGCUGCAGCAAAUAUGACCUACAGUGAAUAUAGGAGGCAGCUUAAAUCCAAUCAGAAACAGCAGAAUCAGCAACAGCAGAAGCAGCAGCAGCAGCAGGAUCCACAAGAGGCAGCAGCAGCAGCAGCUGCUGCUGCUGCAGCAGCCCAAGCAGCAGAACACGGCACUGCUGAAUUGUUUGCAGCACAUGUUGGUGACAGCCGUGCCGUCCUAGUCCUUAGCCCGAACAGCAGCAGCAGCAGCAGCAACAGCAGCAACAGCAGCAACAGCAGCAACAGCAGCAACGGGACUGUAGUGCAGCUAACAGAUGACCACAAACCAAUGCGGCCAUCAGAGAGAGAAAGAAUAGAAAGAUGCGGAGGGUUUGUUAUGCUAUUAGGUUGCCACAGAGUGAGUAUAGGUGACACGGGAUUAUUUUUGGCGAUGUCUCGAUGUUUGGGAGAUUUUGCAUUAAAAAAUGUCUGCAAACAAAUUGUACCUGCUGAUGCAGAAAUAACACAUAGUAACGAACAAGUUGCUGCUUUCUUGCAUGAGAGAAUUCUUGCAUUAAACAGCAGCAGCAGCAGCAGCAGCAGCAGCAGCAGCAGCAGCAGCAGCAGCAGCAGCAAGAAUAAUAACAGCAGCAACAAUAGCAGCAACAGCAGCAGCAACAAGAACAACAGAAAGAAGACAAGAAGAGAUGGAUGGUAUUCAAGUUCAGAUUCUUCUUCGUCAGAAGAUAGCGAUCAACAAAAUAAAGAAGAAGAUCCAGCUAAAAUGUGUAAAUGGUAUUAUUCUCGUGAGGUAUUGGAUAAGAUGGCAAAAGAAUUAACAUGGAGCAUCAGCCGCAGCAGUGGAUCACCAAGCAUAAGGGUAGCGUUCCCUGCAAUGCUGCCCUGUUCUCCUCCCCUCUGCCCCCACGCCUCUGAAGCAGCAGCAUCAGCAGCAGCAGCAGCAGCAGCAGGGCCUGUGCAUGUGGUGAGGUCCUUCUACCCCCCAAGAAGAGAAAGAGGCAUCAGACGUUUACUCCAUAGCAGCAGCAGCAGCAAAACCUGCUGCUCUCCCCCACUGGUAGUGCAGCAGCAGCAUCACGUGCUACUGUCACCUCCAGGAGCAGCAGCGGCAGCAGCAAGAACGGCAGCAGCUCCAUGUAUUGCGCCACACCCCUGUGAACCCCAAGAGCCUGAUAGCCUAACCAGCAGUUCUGCUUCCUCCAGUGACUCUGACGAAUCAGCAGCAGCAGCAGCAGCAACCAGGCAUCAGCAUCCCCCUUGUUCCUAUGCAGCUCGGUCUUCACCAGUACACCGCAAGCGGCGGCAGCAGCACAAGCCCCAGCAGCAGCAGAGGCAUGCAUGCUACGGCGGCGGGUCGUCCCCCUCAGCUGUGUUACCUUCCUUAGGGGAUUCAGCUUCAACAGCAGCAACAGCAGCAACAGCAGCAGCAGCUGCUGCUGCUGCAGCAGGAGGCGACAGUAUCUUAUCAGGGGACAACAAGCUGCUGCAGCAACUCGUCAAUUCCCUUGAGCAGCUAUCCAGUGGCUUAAAGGAGCUGCAGCAGACAGCGCAUGCAAGGCUCAACAAUGGCCUCCCUCAGCAGCAGCAGCAGCGACAACAACAACAUCAGCAGCAGCGGCAUUUCGGCACUCGUCCUCCCCUGCGGCAGCAGCAGCAGCAGCAGGUGCAGCAGGAUGGACCUGUGGGCCCAGAUACAGACUUAAGACUUUAUUGCUCUGCUGCUCCUCCCUUACCAAUCACCGAUCCGCUGCCUCAGCCUCGUGCUGCAGCAAGACCCGGCAGCAGACACUUGCAGCAGCAGCAGCAGCAGCAGCAGCAUCGACGCCCACGUAAAAGGCACCCCAGGAGCCCUUCAAGCAGCAGGAGGGCACCAGCAACAGAACUUAUCUUAGAGCGCAGCGACCCGCCAGAUGUCUGCCGGCGCAGAGAAGCAGCAGUAGCAGCAGCAGCAGCAGAAGCAGCAGCAGCAGCAACAGUAGCAGCACAAGCAACUGAAUGCGCCCACGCAAAGCAUGCUGCUGAUGCUGCUCUUGCAGCAGCAGCAACUGCUGUUAGCUGCUGCCAUUCCCCUCUACCAGGAGAAGCUGUCGGCCGCAGCGCUUCUGUUGCUGUGCUGCCUCCUCCUCCCCCUUGCUGCUGCUGCUGCUCUCCUCCUCCUGUUCCUCUUCCUGCGUCUGCGCACAUGCAAAUAUUGCAGUCUCAGCCUCACGGCAGCCGCAGCAGCAGCAGCAGCAGCAGCAGCAGCGGCCAGCCCCAUCAAGUAUUACCUCGUGUAUAUGUCCCUCCUCCCUCUCCUCUUGCAUUAAAUUCUUAUGGUGUCUCUUAUCCUACAGAAUUAAAGGAGCCAUUUAAUUUGCUGCUGCAGCAGCAGCAGGAGAGGCAGCGAGUGCAGCAGCUAAGGCAGUACCGUACACACCGUGUACAACCUCCUGCAGCUGUUGCAGCAGAAGCAGAAGCUGCUGCUGCUGCUGAUGGUGAUAAUCGUGCUGCUGCUGCUGCGAGACCUCCUACAUCACCUAUACCCAGCACGCCGCCUCAUCGCGAAUACAGGCAGCAGCAGCAGCAGCAGCAGCAGCUGUUGCAGCAGCAGCAGCAACCGUAUAAUUCACCCCAGCAGCAACACAGCUGGAGGAGAGCCUUCGGACAGCAGCAGAAGCGACGGUACAAUAAGCAGCGCUACCCAUAUGAAGGUCCUGUUGCUGCUGGUGCUGCUGCUGCUGCAGCACAGGAAAGCGGCGACGACUUUCAACGGCAACGUCCGCUGCUGCUGCAGCAGCAGCAGCAACGGUUGCAGCGGCUGCAGGAGCAGCUAGAGGAGACAGCAGCAAGGGAAAGACGACGCAUGCAUCAAGACAUAGAAAGGUUCCAUACAGUCAGCAGCUACAUCAGCAGCAACAGCAGCAACUGCAGCAGCAAUCUGCGGCAGCUGCUGCAGGGGCCUUCAGGCCCCUCUUCUUCAUCAGCAGCUGCCUAUACACCCCAUGGAGCUGCCUAUGCAACUAAAGGAGCUGCCUAUACACCCCAAGGAGCUGCCUAUACACCCCAUGGAUCUGCCUAUACACCCCAACUUUCUCUUUCCUCUGCAUCCACCCCUCUAGACUUCUUUGAAGAAGACUCAUAG